AUGGAAGCCACAGAGAAUAUCGCUUCGCAUGCCUUGCCAACACUAUCCGGAUACAUCCGGCCCAGAGCACAAAGCAGAACUUGUUUCAAUGCAACCAGCUGCCAAAAGAGAUUGCGGCACACUCAACUGGACCGGCUUCAACAGCCGGCACCAGGAAGGAUCGCUUUGAUGGACUCUGCAAGCUUCAGCCUGGACUUCGACAACCAGAGCUUGGUGAGGAGCUAUUGCAUUGAGGUUCUCGAGAUGAUCUCUCUGGCCUCCUGCCUUCGCUGGCUGAACAGCUCCGAGCUCGGGAACUCCAUCCGAUGUCAGGCCACAUCUCAGCCAUCGCUAAUGCAAGACUUGGUACAUCACUGGCAGCGCGAAGUAGCGGGCGUGAGUCACGCCUACACCAGCCACGAGAGUGGUGAUCCUCGGGCUUUUCUGCAGCUAGCUGACCACUGGGAGCUUUCGGCCCUUGCUGCGCAGGGCUGCGAAGCCAUCAUCAGUGGAGGCAACUUUGCCCUCCGACCGCCGACCUUGGGUCCUCAGGCCGGGGGAAAUACCGUCGCGCUCUCGCGUCACCUGCUGGUGCUUGCACAGGGUCGGGGCUGUGAGGCGCUGCCGGGCCCCUCCACACCGACCCUGAACUGCCUGGAUCUUGGUCCGCCAAGUCAUUUCCACUCGGUGAACAGCAGCUAUCUCAACCCGACCUUCGUGGGCUGCGUGGCGCGGAUCUUCCACGGCUGCGCCGGGCGCAGCGCCUCGGCGACGCUCACGGCCUUUCGCAGCGCCUGCCAGGCUACCUGUGCUGUCCUGAUGCUCUUCGGGUACGUCCGAAUGCUGUGCAUGCGGGUGGGAUGUCAGCGCCGGCAAGACACCAAUCAGAGUUGGCUCCGAGUGGCCAUCCAGCAAGCGCUGACGCUGGCCAGCUCCCGCGUGGGCGUUGGGCUCCGAGGCUGUUCAGUUAGGGAAAGUCCGAGAGGGAGGCGAAGAUUUCAGGAAGUGUCUGGUGCCCCAAACUGA